CAGAUUCAAAGCGCGGACGGGGCCGGCGGGCCUUUUGGCGGCUGUGGCGGAGGUGGUGUUGGAUGUGGUGGCGGCGCCGGGCGUCCGGCGGCGGCCACGCUCGGCCCGGCUACUCGGUGCUCGUGGCUGUGACGGCGGAGCCAUGGACCAGGCCGUGGGCGACCUGAAGCAGGCGCUGCCCUGCAUGGCUGAGACGCCGACAGUCCAUGUGGAGGUGCACCAGCGGAGCGGCAGCACAGCAAAAAAAGAAGAUAUAAAGCUGAGUGUUAGAAAGCUACUUAACAGGCACAAUAUUGUGUUUGGUGAUUACACGUGGACUGAGUUUGACGAUCCUUUUCUGACCAGAAAUGUGCAGUCUGUGUCUAUUGUUGACACAGAAUUAAAAAUUAAAGACUCACAGCCCAUCGAUUUGAGUGUGUGCGAUAUUGCACUUCAUAUCUUCCACCUGAGUGAAGAUGGCCCCACCAGUGAAAAUUUGGAAGAAGAGACAGAAAAUAUAAUUGCAGCAAAUCAUUGGGUUCUACCUGCAGCUGAAUUCCAUGGGCUGUGGGACAGCCUGGUGUAUGAUGUGGAAAUCAAAUCUCACCUGCUGGAUUAUGUGAUGACAGCGUUACUGUUUUCAGACAAGAAUGUCGACAGCAAUCUCAUCACCUGGAACCGGGUGGUGCUGCUUCACGGUCCUCCAGGAACUGGAAAAACAUCCCUGUGUAGAGCCCUGGCUCAGAAAUUGACCAUUCGACUUUUAAGCAGGUACCGAUAUGGACAGUUAAUUGAAAUAAACAGCCACAGUCUCUUUUCUAAGUGGUUUUCAGAAAGUGGCAAGCUGGUAACUAAGAUGUUCCAGAAGAUCCAGGAUCUAAUUGAUGACAAAGACGCUCUGGUGUUCGUGCUGAUUGAUGAGGUGGAGAGCCUCACAGCUGCCCGUAAUGCCUGCAGGGCAGGCACUGAGCCUUCAGAUGCCAUCCGUGUGGUCAAUGCUGUCUUGACCCAAAUCGAUCAAAUUAAAAGGCACUCCAAUGUGGUGAUUCUGACCACCUCCAACAUCACAGAGAGGAUUGACGUGGCCUUUGUGGACAGGGCAGACAUCAGGCAGUAUAUUGGGCCACCUUCUGCAGCAGCUAUCUUCAAAAUCUACCUCUCCUGUUUGGAAGAACUGAUGAAGUGUCAGAUCAUAUACCCUCGCCAGCAGCUGCUGACCCUCCGCGAGCUAGAGAUGAUUGGCUUCAUUGAAAACAACGUGUCAAAGUUGAGCCUCCUUUUGAGUGAAAUUUCAAGGAAGAGCGAGGGCCUCAGUGGCCGCAUCCUAAGAAAACUCCCUUUCCUGGCUCAUGCACUGUACAUUCAGGCCCCCACCGUCACCAUCGAGGGCUUCCUGCAGGCCCUUUCCCUGGCAGUGGACAAGCAGUUUGAAGAGAGAAAAAAGCUUUCCUCUUGUGUCUGAUCUGGGCUCCCCCACCUGUGGUUUCCAAGUCAUGAACAUAAGCAGUGAGGUCACUUUCUCAGACAUCUUUGUACAACAUGGCAUAGACCUGCAGAGCCAAGCGUUGUUGAAAGGAGUGUGCUGUAUUCACAUAUUUUUAAAUGCAUAUUAGAAGGCAAAUGCAUACUAGGAGGCCUGUCAUUUUCAAUGUUUUGAAGGGUGAUAUAGGUCAAGUUCUCUUGGCUUUUUGUAAAGAACUGCUUAGAUGUGUUUAUUUCAUCCUGCCUGCAGUUGAUCAGACACAAAAUAUUGACAAAUUUUGUUUAAAAAUGAUGAUUAAUAUAGAUUAGGGAAACGAGAAAUUUUAUCGUUAUAAAUAAGAAUGUGGUCAUAGCAUUAAAAACAUACACAUCACUCAAGAUAGAAGGCAGCAUUUGCUCUCUGAGGUGAGCUUGUCUUAUUUAAUACAGACAUUUCAGACUAUUUAAUGAAUAAGGAAACCUAUUCUUGUGUUACUGACAGAAAUCAAGAAAAAAAUUCUAGGCAGUGUUCUUCAUAAUAGUCAGACAUGGUCCACUUUGUGGGAAAGGUGCAACCCUCGGUGCUCAUUUGAAAUGUGUAUCUAAUGCCCCUCCUGACCAGCACAGGCGAGCAGUGCAACAGUACUUCUCCCUGUUCUGUUGAGUAACACUAUCAGAGUUCAAAUGAAAAUUCACGUUAACAGAUGUGAAAAUUGGAAUAUUCCACAGAGUAUUAUGUUUUGCUUUUAUCUUAUCUCAUGCUAAAAUAAAUUUUAUAUUAGUGUUUUGUACACAUUUUUAAAAGAA